AUGGCAGCCGCAGCGGUGGCGAUGCUGACGUCGCCGCUCCUUGCUGGAGCAGAAGUUUCUCCGGCGGAGGCGCAAGGGAUGCCUAACUGCGACAUCACCUGUGGCAACAUGAGCGUGCCGUACCCGUUCGGCAUGGGCCUGGCCAGGUGCUACUGGCCAGGGUUCAACCUCACCUGCAACCGCACAAGCAACCCGCCGCGGUUGCUGCUCGGCGACGGCACGCUCCAAGUCCAAGAGUUGUCCAUUAGUAAUGGGUCUACAUUUGUGUCUGUUACACACAUGGGCGACAUAGAAGUCGACAGCAAUGGUGAAGGCAAGCUUGGCGGCGGUCUUAUGACAAAUGGGCCCUUCACGAUUUCAUACAACCAGCUCAUCCUGGUGGGUUGCAACGUCCAGGCAACGCUCAAGAACGGCAAUGUGACCAUGAGUGGCUGUUCUUCUGUCUGCAAAAACGGCGAUGGACUCGCUCAGGCACGAUCCACACUCGAAGCAGGCAUGCAAUGCUCCGGCAAUGGCUGCUGCCAGUCGGAUAUUGUAUUCAACCCUGAGGUAGCAGGAAUGCUUUCUAACAACACAUCCUAUGACGUACAGCUCAAAUGGUUUGGUUGGAACCGCAGCGCGGACCAGGCCUCGCCGGCGCACGUCUUCGUUACGAGUUACGAUUGGUUCAGCAGUACAGCUAUCUUCCACGAGCUAUUACGAACAGACGCCCCCGAGUCAGCAGAUGCAAUACAAGUUCCCAUUUGGCUGCGCUGGGAGGUCGUUGGCCAUGGCGCAGAAUGCUCCAACGUCUGUAAGAGCAAGCACAGCAACUGCAUAAAGGGUAAGAGAGGCUACACAUGCUCCUGCAAACACGGCUACCAAGGGAAUCCCUACAUCACGGACGGAUGCAAAGAUAUUGAUGAGUGCAAAGAGGGAGGAUACACGAAGUGCUACGGUGAUUGUAUCAAUUUGAAUGGUUCAUAUCAUUGCCGGUGUCCUCCAGAAACCCAUGGAGACCCUACCAUUCCCGGUGGCUGUCCCAGUCCCGUCCCAGAUAAGCAAUAUUGCUGUAAUCUCAUUUGUUCUUACUAUCGAGAUGAAAGCAAAUGA